AUGCAAAAUUACCUUUUAAUUAAUGAAUUGAAUGCCAGAGAAAAAGUAAAAUUCAAUAAUAAAUAAGCCAAAACCAAUUGCAGUUUAUAAUAAAUUAAGCUAAGAUACAGUUCCCAAGAGAGAUUUACUCAUUUAAUGGUUAAUAUAAGUAAAAUGUAUUAUAUCAUUCAAAAAGAAUACUUUCUAACAUAAAAUUACUCUGAAAACAAUUGAAUUGGCUGUUCUUUAUGUUGAUAUAUUCCUUAAUGUGAAAAAUAUCUCUGAAUAAAAGUUCUAACUUCUAGCAAUUUGUUCUUUCAAUUUAGCUGCAAAAGUUGUUUUGUAUAAUAUUUUUUUAGUUCAAUUAAAAAGGUAUGACAAACUAAAUAAAAAUCUACGAUUCAAAUGGUAUAGGAAUAUAUUAAGAUCAUGAAUAUGAUGAUAUGGAAAUAGAACUGCUUUAAACAAUGUAAUUUUAAUUGAAUUUUAUUACAUCCUCAGAUUAUGCAGAACUUAUAGGGCUAAAUCUUUAGGAUGAGAAAAUCAAGUCUUAUUUUCUAUUUAUUUUAGUAGGUAUACAAAUAAGAAUAAAAUAGAUUUUUAAAUUUAUAAAUAUUAGCAUCUAGAAUUAGCUUUGGCAAUUCUGUAUCUAUCUGAUGAGAGUGUUCAUUAAUUGCAACCAAAAAUACAUUAAAUAUCAAAAAUUAUUUAAGAAGCUGUUAAUUAACAUGAAAAAAUGUAUGAAGAAGAAGACUAAAAAGAAUAAUAAUAUAAAUCUGAUUUGAAUAAGAGAAGAAGAAUUAAAAGAAUAAAGGCAAUAAGAAAAGUAUUGUCAAAAUAAGUUAAAUAAUAAUGGAGACAGAAAUAUUGA